ACUCGGAGCGGCCACAUGACAGUCCGAGCUCGCUCGUCGCAGAGGAACGUGCCGUCCCCACCGUAGCGUAGACGUGGAUCGGCCAGUGUGGAGUACGAGCAGUGGUCGAGGAGCGCAGGCGGCAGUUGUGUGUCUAGUGCUGCCUGAGGAGCAGUGUAGUGUCGCGGGGCGCACUUCCCCCCUACCCCCUUGCGCCUCUCAUUUCCAUAUGGGCGCCCCCCCCGCGGGGCGGUGGUGGGCCAGCCCGCGCAUACUCGCCGCCACAUUUACCUACUAAUUCUCGCCGAGGCGUCAUUACGAUGUGCAGACGGUGGGUGGCGGCCGCGGAGGUGCCACGCUUGUGAUACUUGUGCAUGUGUGGUGGUGGUGGCUGAGUGUGUUGUUGUGGCACAUGGUGCUAGUAAGGCCACACCAGGCCUACCCUGUGGCACGCCCGGGCCAGGCUACCAAGCACGACACUACGACACAGCCUAUUCAGCCUACAGCAGCCAGGGGCGUGAAGCUCACCUGCCCAGGCCAGCGGCGGCACGAGCAUGUGGCACGCCCAGCUCAGGGACGAUGUGGACCUCAGAUGGUGCGUGGAGGUUGAGGGCUGUGACUAGCGGAGGCGCAGUGUUCGUGCCGCCAUGCCAGGAGAGGAGCGGGGAGAGCCACCUUUGAAGGGAUGCCCCCCGGCCCCCCCACACCCUGACCCCACCUUAACCCACCCCCAGCAACAAGCCCCCCCGGAAAUGAGUCCCGAGGACGCCCCCUCUACCUCCCCCCUGGCGGGCGAGGAGGGCCCAGGGCCCCUCCCGCAGCAGGGACCCAACGUCACCUCCUCGUCGUCGUCAGCACCGUCGCCGCCCGCGACGUUCAACCUGACGUGCAUGACGUGCCACACGCACUUUACGUCGGCUGAGCAGUACACGCGACACCACUGUGUUGCGUCCGCCGCCGCGCAGGACGCCAUCAACGAGUCGUCCAGCGAUGUGGAGAAGUUCGACGGGAAGAUCGUGUACAACCCUGACGGGUCGGCGUACAUCAUCGACUCUGAGAUGAGUGACGACGAGGGCGUGGCGGGUCUGGAGCUGCCGAGGCACGAGGGGUCCAUCGUGGACUCCCCCAGACAUCCCCUCUCCUCUACCGCCGCCCCCACCAUCCCCACCAUCGCCAACGCCAUAUACGUCACCAAGAACCCCGCCUUCUAUACCGCCCUUUACGGUCAAACCUUCACCUCGCUAAUCCAGGAAAACAAAGUUCCUGAAGUUCCCAUUGUUCACAACUACAGGGUCUUUACCGUUGGUGAUAAAGACAGUGAAAAUGAAUGUAAGGACAGUGAUAGCAAAAAUGAUAGUUGCAGUGAGAAAACCAAACUUCCAUUAUUAGACUACUCGCAAGUUCCAGUUAAACCUAUAUUGAUGUGUUUUGUAUGUAAGUUGUCUUUUGGAUAUGUUAGAUCUUUUAUUGCCCAUGCGAUGGGCGACCAUAGUGUAGUGCUACUGGAUGAGGAGAGGGACCUUUUGGCGGCCAAGAACGCCUCGGCCAUCAUCCAGUGCGCGGGUCGGGAGAAGGAGCCGCGAGUGUCGUUCCUAGAGCCAGUCACGCCCCCGGGUGCCGGCGGCAGCAGCAGCAGCAGUGGUAGCAACAACUGCAGCAGCGGCAGCAGCAGUACCCAGCACGGGGGCGCGCUGGCCACCCUGUUGCCCUCCGGGGCCCCCAGCGGCACCUCCCCCAGCCCGCAGCCCUCACCCGCAAGGGCUGUGCACAAUAACAACAACGAUGCCCACCACGACCUCACGGACGAUGAACGUACCAAUGCUGUCAAACGUGAAAUGCCUGACUUUUAUGAGCUUGUCCGUCAGCAGCACCAGCAGCAGCAGCAGCAGCAACAACAUCAGCAACAACAACACCAACAACAGCAGCAGCAACAACAGCAUCAUCAGCACCAACAGCAACAACGGUCUGAUCCUUUCGCUGCCCCUCAGCACCCGGCUGCUGCACGGACGCCAGAUCUAAGUCGCAAGUCCCCCAUCUCAGCCCUGGGCGCCAACGGGCGGGCGUCGGUGUCCCCAGUGACUUCGAUGUCCCCCACGAGCUUCUCGCCGCUGCAGUCCCCAGUGGCACAGCUCACAGGAACCAUCAUCGGCGCGUGCCCCGAGCACAUGAACGGGCGGCCUCAGGGUGUAAGUUGCGAGAAGUGUGACCUCAUCCUGCAGCAGUCGCGCCAGCUGGGCGGCCAGAUGGCGUUCAUGCAUUCCCGAAAUUCCUGCAAGACGCUCAAAUGUCCCAAGUGUAACUGGCAUUACAAGUACCAGGAGACGCUGGAGAUCCACAUGAAAGAGAAGCACCCGGAGAACGAGUCUACUUGUAUUUACUGCCUCACUAACCAGGCGCACCCGAGACUCGCCCGAGGAGAGACCUACACCUGUGGCUACAAACCCUAUCGCUGCGAGGUCUGCAACUACUCCACAACUACCAAAGGCAAUCUCUCCAUACACAUGCAGAGCGAUAAGCACUUAAACAACAUGCAAGAGCUGCAGAACGGUGGCAUGCCCAACAUGGACGGCUCUAUGGGCUCACAGUCGUUGACGUCUCAACAACAGAGUCCAUCGGGUAGUAUUUAUUCUGCGCCUAAGACCCCCACGCCGUCCACCACCCCGGCGCCGACGCAGCAGCAGCAACAGCAGAAGCCCAAGCCUGUGUGGCGCUGCGACGUUUGUAACUACGAGACCAAUGUUGCACGUAAUCUUCGUAUCCACAUGACAAGCGAGAAGCAUACUCACAACAUGAUGGUGCUGCAGCAGAACGUCAAGCAUAUGCAGCAGCUGAGUGCUCUGCAGGGUGGCGGAGGCGGCGGCAGCCAGCUCGACCACAUGGCCUUGUUGCAGUACGCUGGUAACCCGGCCGCUGCAGCCGCUAUGAUGGCCAGCUUAGGUGUAGGAGAGAAGCCUCACUUGCCUGAGGCAGCCUUGGCGGACCUCGCCUAUAACCAGGCGCUGCUUAUCCAAAUGAUGUCAGGUGGCCAGUUACCCCCUGGUGGCCCUAUGGGCCCUGGGGUCCCUCCCGGACACGGCGGACCCUUGGGUCAUGGGGGCCCUCCAGGACACGGCGAACACCCCGGCCCUCAUUUCGACUUGGGUCUAAAUCCUGAGUCACUGGAGCCUCCGCCGGAACCCGUACCACCCAACCCUCGCCACGCCUUCACCUGCUGUGUGUGUUCUGUCUUCUCCACCGACUCCCUGGAGCAGCUCACUCUCCACUUGCAGCUCGACCGCUCCAAGAUCAACGAGAAUGAGGUCUUACUGGUAGUAGCGGGGAAUUACAUCUGCAAGCUGUGUUCGUACAAGACCAACCUCAAAGCCAACUUCCAGCUGCACUGUAAGACGGACAAGCACCUGCAGAAACUGCAGCAUGUCAACCACAUCUUGGAGGGCGGCCCGCGGAACGAAUGGAAGCUCAAGUACCUGUCUAACACCAACCCUAUGCACGUGCGGUGUAACCUGUGCGAGUAUUACACCAACAGCGUGCAUAAGUUGCAGCUACACGCCGCGCACCAGAGACACGAGGUGCUCAAUGUCCUCUUCCGCCACCUGUGCGCAGCGGAACACACUAUAUCUGAGGACCGACGUCUCUACACCUGCACCCUCUGUAACUUCGCCACGCGAGCCAAGCUACAAAUGCUUCACCACAUCCGCUCCAUGCGCCAUCUACAGAUGGAGCAGCUGCACCAGAUCCAGCGACACGCCGAGGGUAAGGGCGGCACUCAGCAGGAUAUCGGCGACAUCUUCAAAGUGGAAGAAUCUGAAGAGGAAGGACGUCACACACCGCCUGAAGAGACCAAAGACGAUCCGGGCCGUUCCCCAGAGCACAUACAUGCGGGCCGCUCCCCGGACCACGUGCAUGCGUGCCCCUUCUGUCAGUUCACCUGCGAGUCGGAGACGACUCUGCAGCAUCACGUGGACGCUGAGCACGGCGGGGAAAAGAAGGCGGGUCUUCGGUGUCCGCUGUGUGAGGAGGCGUGUCCCGACAUGUCAGCCCUGGAGAAGCACGCCAUCAAUAUCCACUCCGUCAACUCUGACGGCCUCCAGCGGCUUCUGCUGCUGGUUAGACUCAGUGCUGCCGCUGGUAAAGGUGAUGACGAGGACGACCACCACCACCAACAUCAUCAUCACCACCACCACCACCACCAGAGCGAGCAGCAUCAUCGCUUGCAGGAACACCUCCAGCAUCGACACUCGUCGAAGCUGGAAGAGAGUCAGUCAUCAGGUGGUGCAGGUAAGCGAGGUGAUGAGCGGGGCGUGGGCCGGGAGCAGGAGGAGUGUGGCGUAUGCGGGCUGGCCUGUGCCACCAUCGAAGACCUUGUGGCCCACCAGGCCACUGCGGGCCAUACACCAAUCACAGAGACCCCUCGUGGCCCGGGUUACUUGUGUUGGAAGAAGGGCUGCAACCAGUACUUUCAUACAGCCCAGGCGCUGCACAGUCACUUCAGAGAGAUCCACGGCGCUGCCUCCAGACCCUCAGUGGCCGUGUCAGAACGCCAUGUGUACAAGUACCGAUGCCAGCAGUGUUCCCUGGCAUUUAAGACUGUUGAGAAGUUGCAGUUACACGCUCAGUACCAUGCCAUUCGUGACGCUACCAAGUGUCUCUUGUGCCACCGGAAUUUCCGUUCAUUAGGAGCACUGCAGAAGCACGUCAGCUCAGACCACCCAGAGCUGACGGCGGUGGAGCGGCAUCAGUUCCAGGCGUCCUUAGUAGGAGCACCAGUUGGGGCUGGGGCGGGGCCUGUCCUCGACCCCAGCACCACAGCGCUCCUCCGUAGAGAGUCCAACAAAGGGGAUGAGGUGGAGGAGGCCUUGAGAGGGGCGGAGGAGCCGCCGCUGCCACCCCAGCAGCAAGCCAUUGAGGACUACCUCAACUCAGAUACAAUGGCUCUAGACAACUACAGUGACCCGGCCAGACGCUUCAAGUGUCACCGGUGCCGGGUCGCCUUCACAAGGCAGAGUUACCUCACCGCUCACCAAAAGACACUCCUCCACCGGCGUGGUGAGAAGCUAACUUAUCCAAUGGAAAAAUACCUCGACCCAAACAGACCUUAUAAAUGCGACGUCUGUAAAGAGUCGUUUACGCAGAAAAAUAUUCUGCUUGUACAUUAUAAUUCGGUCAGUCAUUUGCACAAGCUUAAAAAAGCAAUGCAAGAUAAAGAAUCCAAAGGAUCAACUUUUAGUAAUAAUCAGACCCAGUCUGAAGUGAGCAGCACCGAGGGCAGACGAACCCCCCAGGGGGAGGGCUUAACCGCUCCCCCGCGGGUUAGUGGAGUCGGGGUGGUGGAGGAGGAGGGAAACAAGCCAUACCGGUGCCACGUGUGCCGCGUUGCGUACUCACAACAGUCCACAUUGGACAUCCACCUCCGUUCUGUACUGCACCAGACCCGCGCCUCCAGACUCCCGGAAUAUAAUCCAGCCCACCUCGAUCCCCUGCGCCCACUAGUGGAGCAGCCACCCACACCCACCAGUACCCCGCAGCCCUCCCCAGCCCCACUCAACGACGCCCACACUCCUCGCUCCCCUUCUAACUCCCAGGGCACCCCUCCAGGGGCGCACCACCAAGGCAUCUCCCCAUGUAGCAGCAGUAGUGGCGGCAGCGGCCAGGGCAGCUGCGGACGCUGCGGCGGCGUGUGGAACACGAUAGAGCAAGGUACGCAGCACGCAGUGCUGUGUGGUCUUCUGCCACCCCACCUGGCAUUCCUUCCCCACGCCAGCAGCAGCAGCUUGAGUCCGCCAGCUUCCCUGGACGCCGCCUGGGCCUCACUCUGCAGCGCCUCCCUCCUGCCCCCGACUCAGCCCCACGACCGCUCUCUCUCUCCAUCUGAAUGUUCCAUAGAAUCUCUCUCUACCUCUAGAUUCACUGUACCUUUCAGAAAGUCUUCACGCCUUCACAAGCACCUAUUAGAAAGCUUUGGCUUUGAUCUAGUUAUUCAGUAUGUUGAAAAUCAACAAAUUAGUCCUUCAAAAGACCCUGAUGAAGGGACUUCUGAGGACGUUAAAGACAAAUAUAUUUCUCAUUUGCCAGAACUAAGUAAAUCUAAAUGUCCUCAAUGUUAUAAACAAUUUUCUAGUGUAUGGGUUUUAAAAGCCCACUUAGAAGAAAUCCAUAAGUCAGGUGUACCUUUUGAUUACCUUAAGACAUUCUCUGAUGAGUAUCGUAAAGCGUACAAUACUAGUCGGCAGUGCUCUAGCAGCGAUCCCUCUGCUCUUACAGAUGAGGAGCGAGGCCGGGACGCGGAGCUCGUCCAGGGGGGUGACAAGGGGACUUCAGAUGAGAGAGAGAAAGAGGCAGAGUCAGGCAGCAGGAGUGACGCCGCGGCUACGCCCACCUCUCGUGCCACGCCUACGCCCGGGAUCACGCCCACCUCUACUGCCGCCUGCUCCAUGUCUCCCGCCACUGACCACCAGGGUAUGAACGUGUCGCCCCAGAUGGCAGAGAUGGCAGCCGCACUCAAUGCCCUCACUGCAGCCCAGAUGCAACAGAUGCAGUUCAAUCCCAUGAUGAUGGCAGGAUUGGGUUUGGCGGCAGGGUUGCCACUGCAGCUCAAUCCUCUGGCUGCCAUGAACCUGCACCCACCUCUGGCGCCCAUGCUGCCUCCACACAUGUUUGACCACAUGGCCCUCGCCAGUAUGCAGCAGCAGCAGGGGCCACCUACUUCAGGACCUUCGGGCCUCCAAGGUGAUCAUUCCGUGUUCAUCAAACAGCAACAGCAGCAGCUGCUUCAGCAGCAGCAACAGCAACAAGCUGCCGCUGCUGCGGCUGCUGCAGCUGCAGCCGCAGCAGCACAGCAAAAGAGAGCUCGAACACGCAUCACUGAUGAGCAACUGAAAAUUCUGAGAGGUCAUUUCGACAUUAACAACUCCCCCACAGAAGAGCAGAUCAACGAAAUGGCCAAGCAAAGUGGACUGCCUCCCAAAGUGAUCAAACAUUGGUUUCGUAACACACUGUUUAAGGAACGCCAACGCAGCAAAGAUUCGCCAUAUAACUUUAGCAUCCCACCGUCCACCACACUCAAUCUAGAAGAAUACGAGAAGACAGGUGAGGCCAAGGUGAUGCCGCUCAAUCCGGACGAGGCUCGCGAAAUUGUGGCGAUUAGCAAUGCCCGGGAAGAGGAGAGAGUUGCAGAACGCAUCCCUAAGGAGCAAGAAGAGCCAGCCCUUGACCGCGCCGCCGCCGUGUCCCCGCUCAACAAAGUUCCUAGUCUUAACCAAGACAAUAGCCGAGUACAAGAAAAGAACGGGGAUGGCUUAAGUGGGUCAGGAGGCAUAAAUUGUCAACAGCAGCUCCAACAAACCCAGCAACAUCAACAACAACGGGAACAUCAACAGUCGUUGGAACAGCAACAGCAACGUGAGCAGCAGUCACAACAGUUGCUCCCACCACAUCACCUACAACAGCAGCAGCAACAACAGGUGAGCAGUGGUCCCCAGUUGGUGUCGUCUGCGUCUUCGUCACCGCUGGGGCUGCCGGCGACCUCAUCGUUCACCUCCCUGGCCUCACCACAGUCGUCACUCUCGCUCACUUCACUCAUUACCUCCCAGCUUGAGACCAACCCCAUGCUGGCUCACAAGCUGCCUCACACACCACCCACAGUUCCUAGUUCUGGCCUUAUUCCUCCAAGCUCAGGUGUGAGUCCCACGCCGCCCCAUUUAUCCUUCCCAUCGACCCCGCUCUCCGCUCCCCACACUCCUACUUCCUCCUGCUCUAGCACAGGCAAACGAGCUAACCGCACUCGUUUCACCGACUACCAGAUUAAGGUGCUACAAGAGUUCUUCGAGAACAAUGCCUACCCCAAGGACGACGAUCUGGAGUACUUGUCUAAGCUGCUCAACCUCUCGCCACGUGUAAUUGUGGUGUGGUUCCAGAACGCCCGCCAGAAGGCACGUAAGGUGUAUGAAAACCAGCCGCCCAUUGACCCUAACGACGAAGGUGCAGGCAGGUUCACGCGAACCCCGGGGCUCAAUUACCAGUGUAAGAAGUGCUUGCUUGUCUUCCAACGGUAUUAUGAGCUCAUCAGACACCAGAAGACUCAUUGCUUUAAGGAAGAAGACGCCAAGCGCUCGGCCCAAGCACAAGCAGCGGCGGCCCAAGCAGCUGCUCUGUAUAAUGAUGAGAACUCCAACCACUCCAGCAUCACUGACUCAUCACAGCAGUCCGGUGGCCUCGACAGUAAGCCCAGUGAGGGCACUUUUCAGUGUGAUAAGUGCAGUCUUGUAUUUAAUCGUUUUGAGCAGUGGCGGGAACACCAAAUUGUACACCUCAUGAACCCUGCACUGUUUUUAAACAAGGGUGCUGAUUCUCCCUUUACCAGCAUACAGCAGCAGCAACAGCAGUCACAGCCUCCACAACAGCCGCAACAGCCGCCCACUUCCGUCCCUCAGCCCCAGCCCAGCCCCCUGCUCCCUCCUGCCUCACCUCUGAAGCGUAAAGCUGACGAGAGUGAGGAUGAGAGAGAGAGCAUGAUCGGCAGCAGUGAGGCUCAGAGGGACAAGCGGCUACGUACCACCAUCCUUCCAGAGCAGCUGGACUACCUAUACCAGAAGUACCAGAUGGAGGCCAACCCGUCGCGGAAGAUGCUGGAGACAAUUGCUCAGGAAGUGGGUCUCAAGAAGAGGGUCGUCCAAGUCUGGUUCCAGAAUACACGAGCACGAGAAAGGAAAGGUCAGUUUAGAGCUCAUGCACAAGUGAUUAACAAAAAAUGUCCCUUCUGUCCUGCUAUCUUUAAAGUCAAGUCUGCUCUUGAGUCGCACCUUUCCACUAAGCACGCGGAUCAUUACUCUAAGGGAGAUGUGGACAUAGAUACACUGCCUGAUGUAGAAGACUCUGGUGUUGGGAACUUCGGCCUGUCUUCAACUCCUUCUGCAACUCAAGCUUCUCAAGUGAUGCCCUCUUCUCUCUUCUCCUCAGAAGUUCCGGAAGACUCGAUAGCCAUGUACCACGAGGAGGCAAUCCGGCGGUACCUCAACGAUGUCAACUUGUCAUCAGAUGGUACGCGGCGAGAAGGUGAGAGUCCCCUUGAUCUCAGUAAACCCUUAGACUUGGUGCGGCCGUUGGGGUUUGACUCAUCUAUAUUGGACAACACCAACGAUCAUCUGGAGGAUCACUCAGACGAGGAAAGCUACCACCUGGACAUGUGCGAGCAAGAGGAGGGCGAUACCGGCUUGAACUCCCACGAGAGCAACCCGACCUCGCCCGCCUCCUCUACCACUAGCUCUGCCAAGCAGUCGGGGCUAAUGCAUGGCGCCCCAAACAAGCGGUUUCGUACUCAAAUGUCGGCCACCCAGGUGAAGAUAAUGAAAAGUGUGUUCCGUGAUUAUAAAACGCCGACAAUGGCAGAGUGUGAGUUGCUGGGGAGGGAAAUAGGGCUAGCCAAGCGUGUGGUGCAGGUGUGGUUCCAGAAUGCGCGGGCAAAGGAAAAGAAAGCAAAGUUGGCUUUACAAAAAGUGCUGGGCACAGAGCCCGAGGGUCCUAAACCCCCUGAGGAGUGCAAAGUGUGUAACUUUAAGUACAGUCAUAAGUACUCCAUUCAGGACCAUUUGUUUACGCGUUCACAUAUCGAAAACAUGAAAGCGUUUCUGGAAAAAGUGAAGGAAGAAAGUGAUGCGGCCAGCCUUAACUCCAGUCUGAGUUCGAUGUCUGUUGACGUCGACCGGCCGCCCUCGUCCAUGACACCGGCGGCUGGCCUGGCGCAUCAGCUGCAAAUGGCGCAGCUGAUGGCGCUUGGCUCACCACCAGCAGCCGUCGCCGCCGCUGGUGAAGAGAAGAAGGGCGGCCCUGGUGGGAGCAGCACUACCGAUGACCUGAGUCGCCUGCAGCUCCUGCAGCAGAUGUAUCAACAGAUGGGUCUCGGGGGGCUGCAGGGGGCGCCGCACCCACUCCUUCAGCACGCCAUGAUGGCCGGCGCCGGUGAGUAGCGGUCCCCCUCCCUCCCACUACUGUCCGCACCCGCUGCCCGUCCCGCCCACACACCACCCAGCGCCGCCCGCACGCUACCCCGCCCUACCCCGUCCUCCCCGGCCACGCUUGCCAGGGGACCACUACUUCUACACCUGCUCACGCUGACUACGCCCUACGGGCAGCCCUAGGAGGCCCGAGAGUAAUAUGUCCGGUCAGUAGUGAGCAGCAGCAGCAGCCCCUGGGCAGGCCUGGCCGGGGCUGGCCUCAGUGUAGCUUGGCCCUGUCACGCUUUAUCCUCCCUGGCAGCGUCACGCUUGCCAGUGUUGCUGCUGCUGGCCCCACCCUGUGUUCACUCUCGCUUGUCCGGACCCGUUCUGUCAACUCCUGUGUUUGUGUCAAGCCCAAGCCCAGGUCGCGGGUGGGAAUACGGACAUGCUGUACCCCCACUCGUGAAGAGACAAAUCUGUUGCUUAAUGUGUUGAUGUUUAAUUGAUGGCAUUUUUGCAAAGUUACGAAAGUUCCGGAUAUCAGGCCUUACUCUGAGUCUGAGGCCUUAAAAAAGCUUCACUAGAGCUGGUUUUAUGUAAUUUUGUGUAAUCCUCUAGGACUGUCGUCACGUUGGUAGAUCAUAGAGUAUAAAGCCUAUUAAUGGUGAAACACUAUCAUACCUCGCAACAAAGCAUAUGAAUUGAAUUUAACUCUAAACAAAUGACUUUCGCGCACCAGAAUAACGCUGUAUACUGACUUACUAGUUAAUGUUCCUACCACUUUUUAUGCUAAUCACGUGAUGAAUGUUUCAGAAGGCAUAAUGAUUAUUUUUCACUAAUUUUAGCAAAACCAAAAACAAUCGGUAGCAAAUUUCUAAAAAAAAGUAGAAAAGAUAACAUAAUCGUUUACUAAUACAGAUAAUAUCAGAUGACUGUAAAUUGAGUAGCUUAUAAAUUAGGUCUGCUUAUAGAGAUCGUAUUUAGGCUUUUAGCAUGCAUCCUCUUCUCCCCACACUUAUAAUCCCAAGUAUUGCUCGUUACACACCGACCGGAUUCUUAGUCGUUGCUUGAGGGGGUUUAUUUUCCAGCGAAUCGACACUACAAAAUUUCCAACAUGCUGUUUCAGGAAGAAAUUCAAAUAUAUUUCCUUGAAGCCUUUUUAUUUGCUCCAAGUAUAUAUA